UGAGCUCGAGGGACCAAUCAGGAACGAGAACGUCAGACGCGCUUAAUCGACUAUCAGAUUCGGCAAUCGGCACCCGCACUACGGCUCGUGCCAGCACAUAUAGACCCUUAGGACCGCUGCUCUGCCCUGAAUAGCUGAGAAACCCGCUUGUCAAACCACAAUGCCGCGAAAGAUUCGGAUAGCGAUGCUCAACGCUGAUGUACCAGUACCCGCUGUCAUUCCAAAGUGGAACACGUACGGCAAGAUGUUCCAUGACCUCCUUGUUGCCGCUACUGGGCGCAUAUCUCCGGACGUUGAAAUCGAAUCGAUAGACUACAAUGUCUUACAAUUCGAAUAUCCCCAAUCUUUGGCCGAAAUCGACGUCGUCCUCGUCACUGGUUCUGCUUCCUCGUCAUAUGAAGACAAAGAAUGGAUACGUCGGCUUGACGGUUACGUGCUGGAUCUAUAUAUCGGUCACCCACGCAUCAGGAUGUUCGGGAGUUGUUUUGGGCACCAGUUGAUCUGUCAGAGUCUUCUGCGAGGCUAUGGUGUGAGAGUGGAAAAGGAUCCGAAUGGUUGGGAAUUGGGAGUGAAGGAGAUAAAGCUCGACAAACGGUUCCGCAAUAUGUUAGGAAAGGGCUCGAGGUCUUUCCUUAAACGAGGGCACUCCGUUCAGAUUCCCGAAACGAUGCGAAUGCAGUUCGUCCAUGCCGACCACGUCAGCAUACCCUCGCAAGACGCGCUGCCGAGUGCGUGGAGAAUGGUGGGGAGCACGCAGCAUUGUGCUGUUCAAGGCGUCUAUGAACCCGGCCGUGUUCUCACGCUGCAAGGCCACUUUGAGUUUAACAGAUUCGUCAAUACGGAGAUCAUGAAAGUUUUCGGCGCGACAUGGAAGCCGGAGGUGUUGAAGGAGACUCUGGACGCUAUCGACGCCGAUGACGAUGCUGAGGCCGCUGCAGAAAUGGUACUGCAAUUCUUGCUAGAGGAAGAAGCAAAGACGGGAGCUGCAACGCAUGCUACCAUUGGAGGAUUGCUGACUCCCCCGCUUGGAGAAUGAGAGGAGAGAGAGCAUUCCGGCCACCGAGCUGGAAGGAGAUGCGCGUCGGUUCUUCAUUCGUCCGCCUAUCCACGGCUCUUUGAAGUUCCCCGCCUCAGCGUGCAUGAACCAAGCGCGCCCACACG